AUGUCUAACUUCUCCUGUUUUCCGUUUCUAAAGCUUCCAUUUCUGCCGUUGCAAAAAGUUGUACACAAUUUAUGUUGUACUGAAAUAACUGAGCUCUCACUGUGCUCCCGUAGAUCAAAACGGUUAAUGCAAAGCAUUCGUCAUCCAGAACCCACCCACAUUGAAAUAACUAUUGAUCGACGUCGGAUGUAUGUUUCACUUAUGCAUAGAUUUGAAGUUUGUUCAUUAUGGUCUAUAAUAGCUGAAUACGAGAAAAGAUUAUUAGAAUUCUACCGAGAUGACAUCAUUGGAGGCGCUUCUGUCCGAGUUAUGAAACUCGGAGAUUCGAGAUUCAAUAUCGACGCUCCCCAACAGCCUGAGAAUGCCAUAAAAGCUCUCGUUAAUCACAUGAAAGAAGUAUUCAAACUACCGCUUAUAGUGGAUUUCCGACCGAAUGGAAUGAACGAUUUUCUGAGAUUUAUUCCCAUUUUCCCAGUCUGCAAACGUUUCCUUUUAUACGGAACCGAGCCGAUUUCAAGUCAAGAAUUGAAAUAUAUUGAAGAUAAUGUUGUUGUUGAAGAGAGAUAUAACUGCAUGAUACCAGUUAACUGA